AUUAAGUAAAAUCCUUUGAUUAACUAUGGUUGCUCAUACGAAGGCUGAUAAGCUGAAGCAUAAGGUCAAUAAUAAGACCGCUAAGCGUAAGAAAUUGACUCAAUCUUCCAGAAAACAUGCAUUCAAAUCCUUCAAGGACAGAGUUGAUUCCAUAAAAAUAGAACCAAAUUUGAAUUUGAGUAGGAGAGUCUAUGAUGAUGUCGAAGAUACUUCCUCUCAUUUCAUAUCCACAUUACAUCAUUGGAAAGAAGUUAAUUUGAGUGGCAAUUUCACAAGCUUCACAGAUGAUAUUAAGUCGGUGUGCCAGUCUUUACCCCAGGUGAUAUACCAUCAACAAAGUAUCUUUGAUUCUUUGUACAAGCACCUUGAGAAAUACGAUGCACAUUCUGUUCAAGCAUUAUUGGAAGUAUUGUCUCAAUUCAUUCAUGAUUUGGGAUCAGACUUUAUGGUGCAUUACGAAAAAACUCUAAGAUUGUUAACCACCAUCGCCCUAGACAUAAAAGCUAAUGACUUGCAAAAUAACACCAAUGCAUCUAACUUGUUGGAGUGGAUAUUUAACUGCCUCACAUUUAUCUUCAAGUACCUUUCAAGAGAUUUGGUACAGAGUUUCGAGCCAUCUUUUGAGAUCUUAUUACCAAUCUUGUGCAUGAACAAACAACAGUAUAUAUCCAGAUUUUGUUCUGAAGCAUUGUCUUUCAUUAUCAAAAAGAUGGAUUCAAAACAAUUAUCUCAAGUCGUUCGCUACUUGUUAGUUGAGAAGAUUGACCUUAUAAUGGAAAAUAUUACCUUCAAAGACUCCCUGAUUGUGCUUUUCUCAGAGGCCAUAACUUCUUCCGGAGAAUCAUUUCAUUCUAAGGCUUCGAUAAUAUAUGAGCGUCUUAUUGAAACCAGCUUUACAAAUUUGAACUCCAAUAUCAUAAUUUCUGGUGUUCUAGCCAAUCUUUUUCAACACGGUAGUCAAAAAUCUGUUGAACAGUUCAUUUCCAUUACUUUGAAGCAUAUGACAUAUUCCUUAGAGACAAGCAGCCACUUACUGGAAGAAAAUUUAACACAAAUCAUUGAAAUUUUCAUCACCUUGGUAUUUUCAGAAUCUGGUAAGAAAGUUCUUGCAUGGGAACCUAUCAUAAGUAUGGCUUACCAAAUCAGUGAUAAGAUCUUGGAAAUGAAUAAAGACUUAAAUAUUGAUGCAUUUUUGUUCAGUUUGUCAACCUUAACAAGAAAUUGUGACUUACUAACGAUCAACAAAAGCUUCAGAAAACUUUUUGCAUUUUUGAUGAAGUAUCAAAAUGGGUCUCGGGUUAUACCCUUUGUGGAUUCUACAUUAAAAAUUUGUGAAAAAAAGCUUUUGAAUCUAGGUCUAACUACAAUUUUUCAAGAAUUCAUAAAUAACUCGUCAACAAAUGAGUCUAUUUUGAGGCAAUUGUCAUUAUUCUUAAUGAAGAAUCCAACUUUUCAGGUGGUAAUUCCUGAAGAGACGUGUGAGUACUUGACUAAGAGUUUAGACCUAAAGGUAAGCAAACAUGAAAACUUGCUCAACAUCUACUGGAAACUAAACGUUGUCAAAUUCAAUGUGAAAAAUGUGAAACAACUUCCAUUGGCAGAGUUUGUUCAAAGUUUAAAGACUGGAUCACUAUUUAUUGGGGAUUUUAUAGGGAUCUUGAUAUCAUUCACUGAGCCCACAGAGACAUUCAUUGAUUAUUUGUCCUCGAACUUCGAUUCCUUAAAGAUUUCGUCUGUUUUCCUUGAUGCCUUUUCUAAAGUUGUCACCGAAUCCUCUCAUAGCAUGAAAAAGAACAAGAUAUUAGAGAUCAUUGGCUCAGUAGCGGACAAUUUCAGUAAGGAUGAUACCACCUUGAGACUCAGUUCUGUUGAUUUCAUUAUAAAGAUUCUCACUGUGAAAGAUUUAGAAUGUCCUGAAUUCAUCUGUUCUAUUAAAGUUAUUGAAACAAUUCCAUUAACAUUGGGUAAUGCAAGAGACAUACAAUUGAGAAUUAGAAUGUUGGUAAACCAGUUCAAUAGCUUGGAAAACAAGAGUGACUUAGAUUGCAAAAUAAUUUCCAAUUACUUUUUCGGAAUUUUAAAUAACAGAUUUCAACCAUGUUGGGCAGCUGUGUUCGAAAAUUUACCUAGAAUUGUGGGGGUUUGUGAGAAGUACUUGUGGAAGCUUUCUUAUCAAUUUGUGACUUUUGAUUACCUCAAUCAAGACACAGACUAUCUUGUCUACGGUGAUGAUGAUAUGUUGGUGGAUGACAGUAUCCCUGAAACUGAUCUCUCAUUCAAUGAUGAUAGAAUAACCUCCAGCUUCAAUAGUUUGUUGGAAAAUUCUUAUAGGCAUUUCAGAAGUGGUUUCCAGGUCCUUAUCUCGCUUUCCCAGAGUUUCAGUACUAAUAUGGUUUAUGAAGAAAGAAUGAGAGCGUUGGCUAUUGAAUGUUGGCACAAAAUUCCUGAGCUAGCUGAAUCAAACAACCAGAGUGUAUCAGGGUUGAUCUUAGAUAGAACAUGCUCCCAAGACUGGGGCAUGAAAGACAGAAACCUUUUGUUGACCACCUUCACAAAAUUCAAGUCUUUGAAAACAAUUAAGGAUGCUGACAGGUUAUACCAGUUGCUAUUGAACAUUUUAACAAGCCAACGAUUAGUGAGCCAAAAAUUAGCAUUGGAUGUCAUUCUCAACUAUAAAAUACACUCCCUUUCUAAUUAUAGGGAUAAUUUGAAAAAUUUAUUAGAUGAUACGCUAUUCAAGGAUGAAUUGACAAAGUUUAUCACUAAUGAGCAGGAUUCCUCAAUUGAAGCUGAAGAUAUGGAUGUUUUAAUGCCAUUGAUAUUGCGUAUCUUGUUUGGAAGAGUUCAGGGUGGAGCAAAAAGUAAUAGCAAGGCAUCCAGGAAGAAUGCUGUUAUCAACAUCUUGCCUUCUUUGAACCAAGAACAUAUUAUUGCAUUCUUGAAGUUAGGUUAUGAUAAAAUUGGCUUCAAGGAUCUCAAUUCGAUCAGCAUGGACGAUUUUUCAAACAUCAAAAGAAUAAAUGGGUUCGUUGCCCUCUUGUAUGAAUUGUAUGAUGUUUUGGGCUUCAAUUUUGCGAAUGCUUUGUCCACAUCUAUUGAUCCCUUGGUUUAUUCUAUCUCAGUCGCUCAGUUGAGAAUAAAUACUGCUGGUGAAGAUAACUUUGAAGCAGAAGACGAGGAGAACAUAAACGACGAUGAGGGUGUCCAGGAAGAUGUCAACGAUCUGAGGAACGAAAUAAAAUCUGCCAAGCGUAUUCGUCAACUAGGUUUGAGAUGUCUAAAUACUCUUUUCAAGAAUUUUGGUGAAUUAUAUGAUUGGCCAAAGUAUUUCAACUCCAUUUAUUCCAACAUCAUUAAGCCAAGAUUAAAUAAUUUUGACAGGGAGAACCUUCAACAACCAUCAUCAUUAACAAUGAUGAUGGUAAGCUGGCUCAAACUCCCCAGCAUCAGCAAGUUCUUAAUGGUUGAUGACCUCAAACCUUCGAGGGCGAUUAUAAGUUUACUUGAAAAUAGGAAAGCUAAAGAUCCUGUUGUUGCUGUUGCUUUAGGAUUUGCCAUUGAUUGCUUGCAAUCGCCCUUUAGGGAAACUGAGGAUGACAGUUUCAUUACUUUGUUGGCUAUUUUGGUUGAGUCUUUGUUGAAGAAUUUACCUGACAUAAUUGGUUCGACCUUGGAUAUUGAGGUCAUUAACAAAUCUGUGACAAUCUUAUUACUUUUGAUAGAUGGCGAUUACAUUGUUGAUGAUAGUACCAGAAAUUCCUUGAUUGAUUCCUUGUGCAAAGUGUUCAAUAAACCUCCAAACAAGGUAGCUUUAGAUGAUAGGGAGAAGAUUCUUUUGUCACUUUCGAUUUUGAUUAACGAUUACAAUGGUUCAUUGGACGAUUUCUUUCAGUAUUACAAGAUACUUUCUAGAAGCUUCAGGACAUAUAAGGAGAAAUCUAUUCGUACCAAUUUGGUCGAAGUUUUCAAAAGUUUAGGUUCUAAAUUUACUGAUUUAAUCAUUGUGGGCGAGUUAUUGGAUGGAAUGAACUCUUAUGCAAUCAAUAGCUCGAGUAAUAGAUUGGGCGAGCCAAACUACGAAGCUGUUUUGAAAGCCUACAAGGAUAUUAACGAUACCUUCUAUUUAACGCUAUCUCCUGUCCAGUGGCUACCAAUUCUUUAUUGUGCUUUAUUCUUUAUUAAUGAUGAAGAAGAACUCAUCAUCAGAACAAAUGCUGGUUACGUGUUAAAUCACUUUAUUGAUGCCUAUUCUAGUCGUCAAACAAUAGUAGAGGCUUCUGAAUUAAUCGAGUUGUUCAAAACGAUAAUCCUUCCUGAAAUCAGGGAUGGUUUGAAGUUGACCGUUGAGGCAAUUCAAACAGAAUACAUUAACGUUUUGGCCUACUGUGUGAAAAAUUCUAAACAUUUCACCGAUCUAGACGAUAUGAGAGUUUUAUUGUUUGAACACGAUCAGGAAGCUAGUUUUUUUGCCAACAUCAAUCACAUUCAAUUACAUCGUCGACAAAGAGCUAUAAGAAGGGUUGGCGAACUAAGAGAAAAUUUAGAAGCUGGGUCUAUUUCUCAUUAUAUUCUUCCUAUCAUUGAGAAUUAUGCCUAUAAUACCGAUGAGAAGAUGCGGAAUAUUUCCAAUGAAGCAGUGACUUCCUUAGGUCUCUUAAUUAGAAACGUUUCUUGGAAUCAGAUCAAAUCAUUCUUCAAGAGAUAUAUUGCUAAACUAAGAGUCUCUCCUCCAGAGAACCUUAGAACCUGCGUUCACGUUGUUGUCGAGGUUUCACUGUCCCUAUUUGUGAGUUUACCAAAAGACGAAAGUCUUGUUGAUACUUUCAUUCUUGGGGACAUCAUGCCAAUUUUGCAGAAGAUUUUAAAUGAGCGUAAUGAUGAAACAAUUGUUAACAGGAUUGUAUUAUCAGAAGCUUUGGUAAAUCUAGUUAAAUGCCUUCCUGAAACAAAAAUUGAUGAACAAUUGCCAGGUUUAUUGACAUCCACUUGCCAAGUUUUGAGAUCCAGGUCAGAAGAACUAAGAGAUUCUUCAAGAAAGUCCCUUUGCAAAAUUGCUAGUAGUUUAGGUGCAAAAUACUUCAAAUUCUUGUUGCAAGAACUCAAGAGUGCUUUAACGAGAGGCUCUCAGAUUCAUGUUUUGAGUUAUACCAUGCACUCCCUAUUGGUUUCUAUAAUGGAUAAUUUGGUGCAUGGUGAUCUAGAUGAUUCUGUCACUCUCAUUGUUGAAAUUAUCAUGGAAGAUAUAUUUGGUGCAGCCGGGCAAGAAAAAGAUGCAGAAGGCUAUACCAGCAAGAUGAAAGAAGUCAAAUACAAAAAAAGUUUUGACUCCGGAGAAAUGCUAACAGCAAAUAUAUCCUUAACCACAUUCAAUCAAAUAAUUGACCCAGCAAAGCUAAUUUUGCAAGAAAGGAUCUCCUUAAAAAUGCAAAAUAAGUUGGAUGAACUAUUGAGAAGGUAUGCUUUGGGACUCAAUCAUAACGAAGAGUCUGAUUCAAGAAAUAUUCUUAUUUUGAGCUACCAGAUAAACAGGCAAUCAAGUGGUAUAUUUGAGGAAACUAAUGGUAAAAAAAACCAAUGCAUCGGUGAUAAACUCAAUUUUGAGACUACUGGUCAUUUCAUGGUCAAAUUGAAUGCCAGGCCGUUAAAGAUUCAAUCAGACUUUAGUCAGUACAAGUUCACGCUUCAAAGAUUUUCAUUUGAACUUUUGAGGGCAGCCAUUUCGAGGCAUUCUUCUUUGUUGACUGUUAGUAGCAUGCAACAAUUUAUUCCCUUAUUAGAAGAGGGUAUCAACUCGGGCCAUGAGGGUUUGAUUUCAACCUGCUUGAGGUUGCUCCACACUUUUGUUCAGCUUCCUUUUCCUGAUGAAACAAAUCAGGUCUUCAAGAAAUGCGCCAGGAAAGCUUUGACCUUCAUCAAGGACAGUCCUAACACCACGAACGAAGUCUGUCAAUCCAGUCUCAAAUUAUUGACCACCUUGAUUAGGCACAAGUCUGAUGUUAACCUCAAAGAUUCUGCCAUCAGCUAUGUCUUAGAAAGGAUACUACCUGAUUUAGAAGAACCCAAAACUCAGGGGUUAGCUUUCAACUUUUUAAAAGCUGUCGUAUCUCAACACAUUUUACUCCCUGAAGUAUACGAUGUAAUGGAUGUUGUAUCAAAAAUCAUGAUCGUGAACCAUAAUCGAGAAAUCAGGGAAAUAGCUAGAAGUAUUUUCUUUCAGUUUUUGAUGGAGUAUGAUCAGGGUAGAGGUAAACUCGAAAAGCAGUUCAAGUUUUUGGUCAAUAAUUUAGGUUAUGCUACUCAAGAUGGAAGACAAUCAGUAUUGGAGUUGAUUAAUUCAAUUGUCGAAAAGAGUGGGGAAGAAUUGUUGAAUAAAGUAUCUUCCUCGUUCUUUGUGGCUUUGGCUAAUAUCUUGGUUAAUGAUGACUCGAGUAGGUGCAGAGAGAUGUCCUCCAUGAUCAUUACGAAGAUGAUGCAAAACUCGAGUGAAUCAAAGCUUGAACAGAUUGAGCAGUAUUUGACUGCUUGGUUGAAACAAGACCAAAACACAAUCUUGACAAGGUGUGCCCUCAAUGUCUAUAAAGUGUACUUCAAUCAAUUUGGGCUCGGCAAAAGUGGUGAUAUAGAUGACCUUGUCUUCCAGAAGUUAAAAGAAGUUUUUGAAAAAUCGGAUAGCCAGACUCUGAGUGAUGUUUCUAAUGCUGAGGACGUUGAAUGGCAAUUGGUUUACUCUUGUUUAAACAUUUUUGCUACCAUUUGCAACAAAGAGAAACGCAAGGUUGUAGGUGAAGCUUAUAAAGGCAUUUGGAAAACUAUUAUCAACACAUUGUUGUUUCCUCAUUCAUGGGUAAGGUUAAGUUCUUCUAGACUCAUCGGUGUUCUAUUGUCCAAUUUAGACAAAUGUCUGUUCAAAAUCAGUGACUAUGAAGUUCAGACCAUUGCCUAUAGAUUGUUACAUCAAAUGAGUGCGCCUGGAGUAUCAGAUGAUCUCGGUAAUCAAAUAAUCAAGAACUUGGUUUUAAUAGCAAUGAGGUGGAUGAAGAAUAAUACCCAAUUUAUACACAACCAAGCUCACGAAGACAAUGAUUCAGUUGAGAAAAAUGAGAUAAGGAAAAGUAAAAAGUAUGAACUUGCUAAUGAAUUCUUGAUACACAGAGCCUGUUCUACCAUAAGACAAGAUUCUCACAAUUCAUUGUCAUCGAAAAAGUCUACCAUUAAGUUAUGUGCAAUGUUGAUACAAAUCUUCGAUGAUGAAUUUGUAGUACUGGUGUCUGAGGAGUUGGUUUUAUCAUUGUAUAAUUACGUUGACACCAAUUCGAACGGAAAUGUUGAACCCGAUUUGGUUGAAAUAGCUGGUGAAUGCUUACAAAUGCUCGAGAAUAAAAUGGGUUCCAGUACAUAUAGUCAGGUUUAUGCUGACGUUCAAAGAACAAUCUAUUUGAGGAGACAAGAAAGGAGAACUAGAAGAGCACAACUAGCUGUCACAAAUCCGGACAUUUCUGCCAGAAGGAAGCUCAAGAAACACGAAAAAUCAAGAGAGAAGAGAAAGCAUGAAAAAGAUGAAAAUGGUUAUUACCAUUCUAAGAGAAAGCGUUAUUAAGUUGUCCCAUCAUAUACGUAAAUACAUAGAAGAGAUCUGCAUAAUAUAAAAACAACGACUAUAGAUUUUACUAAACACGUUGAUUCAGCUGUGUGUCAAUACUUGGCUCUGAUUUCAAUUCUGGUAUUAAUUUUUGCUGCACUCCUGGUUGUGUCUCUGAUUGUGGCUGUGUUUCUAAAGCAACGUCACUUCUUGAAAUUUUUUCGUCUUUCCUUCCCUCUUCCUUAAUAGACACUUCUGCAUAGGACGCACCAUUGUCGUCUUCAUUGAUGAUAUUGGUUUGAUCAUUUUCAUUGUCUAAGUCAUUAUCUUCAUUGCCUUCAACUUCUGCCUCGCCAUCUAGAUCUAUUUCACCUUCUGUAUCAGCUCGGGUUGCAUCCAACGGAUCACUAUUUUUUAAACUGUAAGCAAUCAUCUCCCUUCUGUAUCUAGCUUUUUCAUCCUCAAAUAUCUUAUGAUAAGGCUUGCGAGCCUCCUCAUCUAAGUUUUUCCAGGCUUCCACUAGGUUCUUACCCAAAUCAUGAACUGAAGAUAAGGAACUAUCACCAGUUUCAUUCUUGAUUCUUUCUUUCUCCAGCUCACAGAAUAUCAAAUAUGCGUUUGUCGGUCUUUUGGGAAGAUUUGGGUCUCUUAUACGGUUUUUCAAAGUACCUUUAGGCGCAGUCAGUUUCUUCGGUCUCUUGUUUCCUGACUUCGCUUUCUCAUUCAAAUCCAAUGACGGAGAAGGUGGAGGUGACAUUUCUUCCAAUGUAUCGGGAAAACUAACAGAAUUUGUUUCCAAACGCUCCAAUAAUAUAGAAUAUUCCAAUCUCAAGCGACGUAUAGAUGAUUUAGUUCUAUUGAUUGCUAAGGUAACCAAUUC